AUGGUGCGGUACUGGAUGCACCGAAGUGCACGCGUGCAAAAACUAGUCGAGCCUCAUGUACAGAAGCUCUUCCCAUUUCACAGGCCAGAAUUAGAGGGAGUUUCUCCCGUCAAUGCCUCCUACACUGGGAGAGUUGUCAAAGCCCCCUUUGAUCUUGCACUUGGCAAGGUGGUUCCUUUCGGCCAAGAAUUGACAGCCGCGAGAAAGGACAUAAUCAAAGUCAAAAUACACAAACUAUGUCUCAACAAGUUCCUGCUUAAGUAUUUCUAUCAAACGCGAACGUAUUGGACACACAAGCAGGGCGCGGAGGCCGAUAUUGGCGACAUAGUUUUAGUGGAGAGGUGCGACCCCCCAAUUGCGUUUAAUACGGUUUACAAGCUCAAAAAGGUGGUCUUUCCCGUUGGAAAUAUUGUCGACCCUAUAAGUGGCUUACGGUGCGAAGGGCCCGACUACCCCUUGGAAGUGAUGCAGCAGUGGCUUGACGAACAUCGGCAGAAAUCAUAG